UAUGUUAAUUGUUCAUAUCUCAAAAAACCACGCAUUACAUUCCAUCCCAUCGUGUUUGUUGUUGUACCUCCUUCAUCCCUUUCUCCUCUUGUCUUGUCUUCUCAGCUCUCUUGAGCUUUUUCCUUCUCAGCUGCUCCUCACAAGUUCUCUUCAGCUCUCUCCUCCGUCUUCACGUCCACCACGACUCCCCUCCGCACUCGCCAUUUGCUUAGCCCCCUUUGAAUCUUCACCGAAGAACUUCAAAACAUCAGGGACAUAUACUUGGGGUAUGUGAAAAAAUUAUUCUACAUGGAGAAGAAUAAGUGGUUAUAGUAAAUAUUCAGAAGAGGUCAUUAGUCAAAGUGUUUGUGCAUAUAUGUUUUCAUUUAUUUAGUGCUAAAAUACUGCUGCAGUUUCUCACUCUAAACCAGAUAGACCUAUAAGUGUAUAUACUCGGAUUUUGUGCCAUGAAUUCUCUCCCUUUAUCUUCCUCCCUCUGCCUGAGUCCAUCAUCUAUCUCCCAGGUCCCACCUUAUCGUCAAAUACAACCUCAUAAUAUUCGCACCAACCGCCAUAAUCAACAACAUUAUCAUCUUCAUUGCCCUUCUUUAGCUCACCCUUUGAUUUCUCACAAAUCACUACAAAUUCGACAGUCAUCCAUUGGCGAAACAAUUUCUCCAAAUGAAGGAGCAAUACCUGUAAUGGAAUUCGAAGACUUUGUCGAAAAAGAUUGGUCUUUUCUUGAUUCAGAUGAUCUCAUUUGCAGUCAAGAUUACAACCAUAAACUUAAUCGGAUUAUAGCCUCCGGAGAGAUUGAAAAUAGUUCAAGAGUAAUGGUUUCUGCUGCUGCUGAAGGAUUUGUGGAUCAGUUGGUUGAUUCUUCACCUUGCAAUCUCUUGCUUGUCGUCCAUGAUUCUCUUUUUGUGCUAGCUGGAAUUAAAGAGAAGUACGACAAGGUUAAGUGUUGGCAAGGAGAACUCGUAUAUGUACCAGAAAAAUGGGCUCCUUUAGAUGUUGUGUUUCUCUACUUUCUUCCUGCCUUGCCCUUUAGCUUUGACCAAGUGUUGGGUGCAGUAGCAAAGCAUUGUUCUCCAGGUGCAAGAUUGGUCAUUAGCCAUCUACAAGGAAGAGAAGGACUAGAGCAACAGAGAAAACAGUUCUCAAAUGUAAUAGUAUCUGACUUGCCUGAGAAGUCAGCUUUACAGAAAGCUGCAUCUGAUCAUUUUUUUGAUUUGAUUGAAUUUGUGGAUGAUCCUGAAUUCUAUCUUGCUGUUUUGAAGUUCAACAGUGCAAGCUAACUUUUAUCUUUCACUUAAACUCAAUUUGACUUGAUUUAUAAAUGUAACAAUUCCUUGAA